AGGAUUUUUUUUUGUGCACCACUUUCUCUUUCUCUCAUCACAUAAAAGCCUUCCAUCCUAUUCUAAUUUUCUCCACUGACUCCAUUUAUUCCCUUCUUCUUUUGUCAGAAUUUUACUUCUAUCAACUCUCUACAACUUCUCUUUGCUAACUUCAUCAUCAUUCAUCAACACAAAACAACACUUUAUACUUCCAUACUUCCUCUCUCUUCAAUUUCAAUGGCUGCACUUCCAACUGAACCUGAUCAAGAUAAUUCUGAACCUCUCAAAUACAAGACAUGGGUCUUGAAAGUCUCCAUUCAUUGUGAAGGUUGCAAACGAAAAGUGAAGAAAAUUCUUCAUAGUGUUGAAGGAGUUUACAUGAUAGAUGUGGAUACAAGACAACAUAAAGUAGUUGUUACAGGCAACGUUGAUGCAAAUACUCUCUUAAGAAAGCUUGAAAAAUCUGGUAAACAUGCAGAGUUAUGGCCUGAUUCUCAUAAAAACCCCAACAAAAACGAACAACAAAUGAACCAACAACAACAACAAGAAAACCAAAACCAAAACCCAAAUGUUGAACAACAACAGAGAAACAGUGGUGAACCUCAAAAAGAAGUUGACAACUCAGGCCAACAACAACCACCACAACAACAACAACAACAACAACCACAAGUGAAAGAAGUGAGAUUCCAAGAGAAUAUUCCGGCCACCGGAGAUUCCCCAAAACCGCCGGAAAAUAACUCCGGCGGCGGCGGAGGUGCUAAAAAGAAGAAAAAGAAGAAGAAAGGGCAAAAUGGUAAUAACACUCCCAACCCCAACAACAACAAUAACAAUAACAACAAUGGUGGUAAUAAUAGCAAUAAUGGUGAAGUUGUAGCAGGUGUUGUUACGGAGCAGGUGGGUAGUAGUGGUGGUGGGCCGCAGCCCACCGAACCACAGCCCACUCCUACAGGCCCGAACCCGGGCCCAAACCCGGAGAAUAUGGGCCCGGCCCGGAACGUGGUGAACAGCCGGGUGUACGAGUACCCGCCGACGAGCUACUAUGCGCCGGCGGGUCCACCACCGGUAUACGCGGUGAGUUACAACACGGCGUAUCCUAGCAGCAGUUACAGUGCGGCGUACUACUCUGCGCCUUUACCGUAUUCAUACGCGUAUGUGCACCAAGGGGGUGACGUGGAGGCGCCUGCGCCGUUGGAUUGGAAUCCGCACGCAGUUCCACCGUCUGAUACUUUCGAGAUGUUUAGUGAUGAAAACCCAAAUGCAUGCUCGGUUAUGUGAGAAAAAUUUAAGUAGGGAAUAUAGAAACUCGUAUAACUAUGAGGUGGGGGUAAUUUUGGUAAUUUAACUACUACUAUUCUACUAAUGUGUAUAAUCUUUUAAUUUAGGAACCAAUUUGAGGAGAAAUAAGGGGGUCCCUUUCAAUGUUGGUGUAAUUUUUUUUUAUUAUGAAGUUUUAGGUUUUGAUUAUGAAAUUAGAGCUAAAAAUAUGGUAUUAGUAAGUUCUUGCUUAGUUGUUUAAUGCAUACAACCCCCUUUUUAUUUGUAAAGUGUAGUUUGGCUUUUAGCUAAUGGAAUGGAAUAGAUGGUGAAGGAUGUUGAAGGUUGAA